AUGGCAAAGGCACUGCGCCAGACCCAGGGCGGCCGCCAGAGAAAGGGCUCGCUGCGAAAGGCGGCCAUGGCCCGGAUGCGCGAACGAAGCAGCUCCUUGCGCAAAGCAGCGAAACCCUCCAUUGUCACCACUUUCGACAAGCCGCUACUCGACUCGUCGCCCGCCGACACCACCGCCUGGGUGCCCGCCGUCCAACUGCCCUCUUCCCCGGCCGAACCCACAUGUGCGUCACGUGACGUUCUAGAGCCUCCUCCCUCUCCGCCAUUACUCGCAUCGCCAAUCUCGCCCAUGGCAGCGAGCCCUGCGGCGCCCUACGCCUCGACCACCGACGACGACGACGUCAUGUCCUUUUACCGUCCUCUGGCCGCGAGUAGCGACUACUCUUCUUUUGCGGUGCCGAGCCAAGGCCCUGUCGCCUCUCUCGCACACCGUCGCUCGACUCGCAGCAACCGGCGUACAUCGAUUACUGCGCUCGUGACACCUGCCGAGAUUGACUCGGACGACGAGUGGGAUUACAGUGAGACCGAAUGGUGGGGCUGGGUCGUGCUGAUAGCGACGUGGAUAGUCUUUGUUGUAGGAAUGGGCUCCUGCCUCGGCGUCUGGAGCUGGGCGUGGGAUGUGGGCGAGACACCGUAUGCACCACCCGAUCUGGAAGACGACGCAACCCUGCCCAUUACUGGCUACUAUCCCGCCUUGAUUGUCUGUACGGCUGUCACCAGCUGGGUGUGGGUCGUUGUCGCCUGGGUGGGCAUGAAGUAUUUCCGUCAUGCCAAAGUCGGCGUGGACGGUUAG